AUGGCACUAAACAAACCGGGCCCGGUUACUGGAGCCGAAUACGAGGCCAUCCAAGAAAUUUGGGGAGUUCUGUACGAAGCUAUCAUCGAUUAUCCGAAUGGGGAUACUCCGAAGAAUGUGAGACCGGGAUACUGUGGAGCCUUCAUGUGUCAUUUUCGUGAUGGCAUCAUGUCGUUUCCUAUUCCUUCGUUCCUACUUGAGAUUCUAGCGGAUCUGGGAUUGGUGUUUACCCAGAUUACUCCGACCUUCUUGCAAUAUGUCUUGACGACGUUUGUUUGGGCUAGAGAGGAAGGGCUGGAGUUUGGUUUAGCCGAGUUAAAGCAACUUUAUACUCUCAAGCGAAGCCGCUCGUUUAUUAGCGGCAUUCCCAAUAAAGACGUUAACUGGACGGACAAGCUUUUUGUCUUUAAGAUCGAUCCAGUGACGGUUGGGGAUUUUGACUUUUCUUGGAUCCCGACGAAGUGGAACGAAAAUGUUGGGGUGAAAAGGGUGGAGCCUCCUGCGGAACCUUCAGAUGCUAAUUCUGACUCCGUGCCCCCGAAACGGGCUCGGGGGACUCCGGAAAGACGGGUACUUCGAUCAAGUUCCCAGGCUGGGUCUCCGGUUGUUCUGGCUAAACCGGUCUCUGUGGUUCCCCCAGCUCACAGCGACCAACCGGAGUCUCGAGUUCCAGGUGAGACUUCUGGAGAUCCCAGCCCAUCGAGCUCGGAGCCUUCGAAGCAAGACCCGGGAGAAGGUACUUCACGGCUUAGGCCUAUUAAUCUCCCUCCUGGCUCCCCGAAGACGUUUUCGUACGACGUCAAUGUUCCGAUUCUGGAGAACCCUGAACAGCUUGCAUCCAUCUGGCGGAAACUAAGGAAUCCUUCUUGCGAGCUCCCUCUUUUGGAACAGAUGCGAGGUGGCGAUGCCUAUGUACAGAUGGCUGUUGCAAAUGCCAAGGCUAUGGAGGCUAGUAACGAGUACGCUGCUUUGAUGGAGGAGCGGUUGGCAAAUUUCCCUACCAGGGAAGAGCUCGAUGGCCAGCUUACUUUGAUCCAACAUUUGCGAUCAAAGUUAAGUGCGUCGCAGGCGAGCGAGCAGCAGCGAGCGAAGGAGGUCGAAGACCUGAAGGUGCUAUUAACGGCCAACACGGCGGAGAAGGUCGCGCUUGAGGAGGAGAAGGUCGCGCUUGAGGGGGACCUUGAAUCGUUGAAGGCGAAGUUCAAACGAGACGCUGAGUUACGAGACAAAGCAGCUCGGAGGAAGAAGCGAGCUGCCUGUCGGUUGGUAGCCAAGGGUUACGACGCUGCUCUUUAUACGGCGAGGGGGACUAUCCGGAGGAGGAAAGCCGAAAGCGCUGCGAAGAUACGCUUGCAGGAGGUUCGUGCGAAAAUCGAGGCUUUGACCGAGUACGGGGAAGACGGCUUUGAGCUCGAGGAGGAGCUGGAUCGUCUUAAGGGCCUAGAGACGUCGAUGGAGAUUGAUUAUGGCCUGGCGGUAGUGUCGGACGACUCUCUCAGGGGUCUCGACCUUCCUCAGGUCUCUGAUGAUUCCGUUAAUCUAGGAGGUUAA